GCAGCACCGCUUUGAACGUCAAUCGCGUGUCCUGAUUUUGCGCCAUGCGAGGGCGAUGAGCGGAUUGCAGCAGCCGACAAUCAUUUCCAGCGGUGAGCUGUUCAUUCUCAAUGGCUGCACAGGUGGGGAGCUCCAGCCGAUGCCUUUCUUCAGGAACAAGAAUCUGCGGGUGCUCUCAGCCAACUUAGACCGCGCUUACGUGGCGACCGAGCCGACCAUUUGGUCCAGUCCCCUGGGUGAGCUUCCGCCCUGCUCCGUGUUCUGCUUCAAGGCAGACCUUUGUGAGCCGGAGUACUGCCCCGAGUUCGAGUCCAUCGAGGCGCCGAUUCGGCAGAUCGCCUUCGGUAGCAGCCACACGCUUGUUCUCACCACAGAGGGAGUGCUCUACAGCCGCGGCGUGGCCAUGUACGGUAGCACUGGCCAUGGGGGAGCCCGAGAUGUGCCGGAGUUCACGGAAGUGCCGGCUCUGAAGGGGCGCGAGGUUCGCUUCGUGGCCGCGGGGCCCUUCUACUCCAUUGCCAUCACGGCCCAGGGCGACGUGUACUCCUGGGGCAAGGCGUUCUAUGGAGAGACGGGGCUCUUCUCCCAGGUGGAAGCAGUUCCGCGCUUCUCGUCGCAGGUGACGCCCUUCAAGGUCACACAGGUGAGCUGCGGGCAUAGCCACGUGCUGGCGCGCACGCAGAUGCAGCAGUGCAUCUCCUGGGGCGAGAACACCUGCGGGCAGCUAGGCCUGGGGCAGAAGUCAAAGCCCACCUACAAGCCGCAGCUGCUGAGCAGCAUCCCCUCGCAGAUUCAGACGGUCUCCGCGGGCUGGGCUCACUCGGUGGCCGUGGGCACUGAUGGCCGCGCGUAUUCCUGGGGCCUCAACUCCCAUGGCCAGCUUGGUUUGGGCGAUACCACCACGAGGCUGGCGCCGCACUUGUUGCACGACCUGAUCAACGUGCACGAGGUUGUCGCCUGCCAAGCGGCGCGGGCCUUCACUAUGUUCCGCACCGCCCAGCGGGCGCUGAUGUGCGGCCAGAUCCCGCCGGACCCUGCCGGACAGCCCAUGGAUUUCGCCCCGCACCGGCCGGGGCACCACGACCCCCCGGGCUGCAUCUUGGCACCUGUGCCCUUGAGCCUCUCGGAGGAGCCGGGCUGCAAAGGCAUGGGAGAGCUUUCAGAGAUUGUCGCCUUUGACAAAGGUGCCAUCGCCUUUGCCCGGAGCGCGGUGUACAAGGUGAGCCCCAACGUGGCGCCCAUCCAAGGCGGCACCAAGGUCUGUGCUCAUGUCACGGGCUUGCCGUACGAGGAGGCCAAUGUGCCUAUUCAGGAUCAGCUGGCAGUUCAGGUUCGCUUGAAGUCCCACUCUCCGAACUGUGACCUCAUCGUCAAGGGCCGCGUCAUCGGCAAGGACCUGGUGGAGUUCGAAACUCCAGACGCCUCUCCCUCGCCCUUGCGGGCCCUGGUCGAGCAGGGCACCACUUUGCCGGUCUCUGUGCGGGUGUCCAUUGACGGUGGCUUCACCUGGACGCCGGACCGCUUUGCCGCGCCGCCGGCGCGAGAGCUCGAGCAAACACUGAAGCAGCUGCCUGGUGAGCAGCAGCGCGCGGGCUACGGGCUCUCGCAAGGCCCCAAGGACAUCCAGAGCGGGCUGUCUGAGGUGAAGGGCGACUUCGAGGCGCGGAGGAAGGCCAUCAAGAUCACCUCCCAGUCCGCGGCCAUGCUGUGGCUUUGCAAAUGGCCUACGGAAGGGCCUACACAAGUAGAGCCAGGCUGCGCCCCAGUGGACGGAGGUACGGAGGUUCUGAUCCACGUGGCGUUGCCUGCGAGGAUGCCCACAGACAACUUGACCGUCAAGUUCCUCUGCACGCCAAAGAAGUCUCUCAACGACCCGGAGUUGGAGGCGAAGGCGCCCAUGCGCCGCGACGCCGCAGAGAUCACGAACCCGGACAAGGAGACUGUGGCCAAGCUGCCCCUUGCCGGUGUACUGGAGGUGCCAGUCAUCGCAUUCUUGGACCCUGGCGGCCGCGGGGUGUGCUGCACUUCGCCUCCCCUGGAUGCGGAGAGCGUCGCCUACUACAACUACUCGGUGAUGGUGUCGCUGGAUGGCCACAACUACUUGCCGCGCCCGCUGCCGUUCCAAAUCUUCGACAUCCAUGUGGCAGAGCUUCAGCCGCAGCUGGGAGUGCUGACGGAUGCCACUGAGGUGAGGAUCAGGACGACUGGCUUUGUCAUGUCGGACAUCUUCAAGGUACGCUUGGACUUUCCCAAAGACCUGCAGUGGCCCCCGAAGUUGCUGCCGGCGAGCUACGACCACACCACCGGGGACAUUGUCUUCCACAUGCCAGCGCUGCAAGAGGCUCCCAAAGAGGUCCAAGGUGCAGGCGGAGACGGCGAAGCAGCGGAAGGAGGAGCAGGUGAGGCACAAGCUGAUCGCCUGGCGGGCGUCGAGGUCUUUGUGGAGCUUUCGCUGGACGGCCAAAACUUCACGGAGGAUCACAUGCACUUCUGCUACAUCGGGGGCAUUCGCCCUGAGGCGCUGAAGCUGCUUGCUGGUCCGGAGGGUGCUCCGGAGGAAGAGACGAAGCCCAAGGGCAAGGGCAAGGAGGAGGCAGAUGUGGUCACGCUGCACGCCGGCUCCAAGAUCGGCUGCGUCACCACCGGCCUGCCUGCCUGUCGCGACUUCAUCUCCGCCGUGCUCAAGGCGCAGCUUUGCGGUGAGGACGGCGAGACCCUGAAGACACUUGAGCUGCCCGCGGUGGUUGAGACCAUGGAGUCCGAAGGGCAGAGCGAGGAGCUUAUCACUGCUUUGGCGCCGGCCAUCCCGUCGGAGAAGUUCCCGGACGCCGGAGGCUUGUUCUUGAAGAACUUCGAGGUCUCGCUGAACGGCCAAAGCUUCAGCUCUUGCCCGGAGAUUCCAGCCAUGAAGUUGGAGCCUUUGCCGCCGGACCCCAUUCUCAUUGCUCUCCAUUGCUCAGUUCCUGGCUCCGCACAAGUGCCGGACAGGCUCGCGUAAAUUAGCGAGCCGCCCGGCAAUGCGCGCCGAAGUUCGCG